UUUAUCUACUUCGGCUCUGCAUCAAAAUGCCCGAUAGAUGUGCAGUUUUCGGCUGUUCAAACCGAGCAAAUUCUGCGGAAAGAAUUUCUCUUCACCGUAUGCCAUUUUACGGUGAUGAGCGUCCUGAAGCGAAGCGAAGACGUAAAAUCUGGGUGAAUUUUGUUGCAAGAAAACGCGCUCGAUGGACACCGACUAAGUAUUCGGCUGUUUGUUAUUGUGAUGGCAAAGAAAUUUGGGCAAAGUUCAAAUCUUUCCUGAGUCACAUAGUAGACAAGCACACCAAUUUGGAUGAUCCACUGUUUUCAAGUUGUUUUCAUGGCCCCGAUAUUAAACCAAGGGAAUAUUUAAAGAAGGAAAAAUGAAGGUUUAUGAAGGCAUUAUUUAAAGAUAACUUCCCUAACAGUUUAUCAUCAUUCUUUGUUGUAAUGUUUAAGGUUCAGUUGCUCAUGAAAAGCUUUGUGCUAAAUUGUUAAACCCACAGCUGAUGAAGUCAAUUCACCAGGCUUCACCAGUUGCUCAAACAAUUUGUUUGGAAGGAUUCCUUUCUGUCCUGAAUCAUUUUGCUCCAAAAAUGAUUUAUUGUUCCUAUGUUGGAAUGUAUUGCAGACACAUUUUGGCAUCCAUCCACUUCAACAACAACUUAAGGCGUGAUGUAAAGAUGAAGAAUGAUGGCACUUUCCAAAUAAAUGUGGUGUAUCCAAAGUUUAAAAAUGGUGAAGAAACUGUGAGGGAUGUCAGAGUUAAGCCCAAAUUUGAGUAUGUGGAUGAAUUAUUUGAGAGUGUGAUGAUGUCAAUAAAAGACAAAGACGCAUUAUCAAAUUCACAAAAUCUUUGA